AGGAAGGAUGGUCUCGGUAGAUAAGUGAACUGGUCCUGCAACUACCAUUUUCCGGCACCAUCAUUGCUCCCCUUCCAUACUGCACCUUCUUCCAUGGGCGAAAAUGGCGGAGAGAGUAGUAGUACAAGUUCAAGAUGGUCUCUAUCCGGAAUGAACGCUCUUGUCACCGGAGGAACUCGCGGAAUCGGGCGUGCGGUCGUGGAAGAACUAGCUGAAUUGGGCGCCUCUGUGUACACGUGUUCGAGGAAGGAAGAAGAGCUGAACCAGAGCUUGGAAGUUUGGGCUUCUAAGGGCUUCAAAGUCUUCGGUUCCGUCUGCGAUGUGUCUUCUCCAGAGCAGCGUGUCCUUCUCUCGCGGAGGGUUUCGUCCGCUUUUGAUGGCAAGCUCAACAUUCUCAUUAACAAUGCGGGGACAAACAUUCGGAAGUCAACAACUGAGUAUACUCCUGAAGAGUAUUCUCACAUCAUGGCCACCAACUUGGACUCCCCUUAUCAUCUCUCACAACUUGCUUACCCUCUCCUGAAAGCAUCCGGAGCUGGAUCCAUUGUCUUUGUUUCCUCUGUUGCUGGCUUGGAGCACAUAUCUUCUGGAUCAAUUUAUGGAGCCUCCAAAGGGGCUAUAAAUCAACUGACAAAGAAUUUGGCUUGUGAAUGGGCAAAAGACAACAUCAGGGUCAAUUGUGUGGCUCCUUGGUACAUCAAAACCUCUCUUGUCGAUCAUUUGCUAGGGAAUGAAGAGUUUCUGAGGAAGGUGGUGUCUCGGACACCUCUGAGGCGACCAGGGGAACCUCAAGAGGUUUCGUCGGUGGUUGUGUUCCUUUGUCUUCCUUCAGCUUCUUAUGUGACUGGGCAAGUUAUUGCUGUUGAUGGUGGUUUCACAGUGAAUGGCUUUGAUGUUAAAACUCAUCAGUGAGAAUCAAGACUUUGAACUGCUCUUUCUCUGGUUUGCAUUUCUCUCUGUCUUCUUUUUUAAAGAAGAUCAUAUGGGCUAAUAUUUCCAAGUUUUAAGGAAGAAGGGGCAACUGUUGGCAUGUAAGCACCUCUGUAUUGUAUCCAUUGUUCAGUUACUGUACUUUGCCAAUUGAGCCUAAAAGAGUCAUUAUUGACAAUAUUUUAGGUUCAGGCACUUCAUGGACUAAAUAAAAAUGAAACAUUAAGGCCUUGUUUGGGACCUUUUUCAAAGUGCUAACGUUA